CAUGUCGGGAGGCAAUGGUGUUUCGGGUUAAUUGCCCAAACACGCGUUGGCGUUGAGAACAUUUCCGAACAACCUAUUUGCUGUUUUUUCGGAAACCGUGGCCGCCUGGAAGUCGAGGCAUUGGAUUGUAAUCAUAGUCCGUCACCCUACAAAAAUGGACAAAAUAACGACCUUGUGAUUACCAUCGCAACAAUUGACCCGCAAACUGCCAAAAAGCAAGCUUCAAACUUUCGCCCAAAUGUUAUCAUUAAUAGCAGCGACAGUGGCGGCGCUGCGCAGUGUUAUGAUGGGUAA